GAAGGCGGCGUGCCCGCCGGAGGAUCGGCCGAGCGAGACGGGCCCUCCUGAUGGCAGCACGAGCCACCCAGCGGGCCGGCCAGGGGCCCCAUCUUUGGGGUCUGAGCGGGAGGCGGGGGACAGAGCUCCCACCCCAAAUGAAGGUUGUCAUCUGGCACCAGCUCUCCCGGGAUGCCCCGAGGAGACCUUCUCUGUCUCGUCUCCUAAGAAAGCCGCGGAGAAACUUUUGGAACCAGGAAAAAAGACCCAAGAGGGCGGCAGAGUCUGCGGCAGGAAACUGGCCCCCAUGAAGGUGCUCAAACCCGCCCUGGGCAGAGUCUUGGGGAAACCAGCACCCAGGCCGCCUGGGCCCCUGGCAGGAGGCAGCUUCCACAAGAUGGAGAGAAUCAGCUUUCCCAGGCCCAAUUUCAAGAAUGUCAAAGCCAAAGUCAUGUCCCGUGCGGUGGGGCCGCCCCGAGAGCCUGUGGCCGGGCCUAGACCCCCCCUCGGACCCCCGCCGCCGGCAGAGCCUCCCUCGAAUGGCAGCGGAGGCGGCGGCGGCGGCGUGCCAAGGAGAGCCGAGUGGAAGGCCGACACCAAAGCGGAGAUCCUCGUGAGUAAGAGCCACAAGCAGCAUCUCCUGAAGCUCCUCACCAGCCAGGCUGGGCAUGUCGCAACACAUUCUAGAAGCGCUUCCCACCAGAUGCCAAGAGCACAGCACGGAGGAGGCGGCCCCAGAGCCGCUCUGCCCAAGUCAGGGUGUUUGUCCGGAGCUGGGGCCGGAGCCAUGGGGCCCCACAAGGCCGCAGGCACCCCCAAUACCCUCCUGAGAGCCGCGGAAUCUGCCCUGCAAGGGCCUCGAGCCCCUGCCCCCGACGGAGCUAGCCCUGGGGCCGAGAGGAGGAAGAGCGGAGACAGAGAUGUCGGGGUGUCCCUGGGCUCCCCGGAAGGGCAGAAGGAGGUGGCUGCCACUCUGUCGGCCCGCAACCUGGUUCCGGCCUCCACAUUGAAAUCUCUGCCCGUGGCUGGCAGAAAUGCAUCCAAGCAUGACCCCUUGGGAUUGAGCAAAAUACCUGUCCCCAAAAUGAAAAUCUGGCCUUCAGUUUCCUGCCAGAGGCGACGCACCGAGCCCAGGAAUUUCCACCCCGAGCGAGCUUUAUCCCCCCAGAGAACGAAGCGUGUAUCCAUUUCUGGUGCCUCCAGGAAAAGUGCAUCCCCCAGCCUGGUGGCCGUGCUGAGCUCAGUUGAAAAGGGUAAACAGAGGCACCCUCGGACAUCGUGCGGCCAGCCCCAGUCUUCUCCCGAUUCUCUCUCUACUGAAAAGGCCUUGGGAUUGGCCUCAUGUAGAACAAAAUGUGAGCAUCAAGGCAAGGUCAUCCUGCAUCUCAAGCAGCUUCUCGCAGGAGGGAACCACAAGGUGGAAGCCUUGGCCGUGGUCAUCCAGCACCUGCUGGCAGAGAGGGAGGAAGCUCUGAAACACCACCAAGCCCUAUCGCAGGAGCUGGUCAGCCUCCGGGGAGAGCUGGUCACUGCUUCGGCCGCCUGCGAGAAGCUCGAGAAGGACCGGAAUGAGCUGGAGACCACGUGCCAGGCCUUUGUGGACAAGCUCAACCAGCAACACCUGGCCGAGCUGGCCGAGCUGGAGAGCCAGCUGAAGGAGCACUACACGGGCGAGUGUGAGCGACUGCAGAGUGUGUGUGUGCAGGAGGUCCAGAAGUACCAGGCCCAGCUGCAGAGCCAGGUCGAUAACUUAAAUGCUGCCCACGAAGCCUUCAAAUUGGAAAUUGAGUCCAGCCAUUCCGAGCGGGUGGAUUUGCUGAAGAAGACCUACGAAGCUUCCCUCACAGAAAUCAAGGAGUGCCAUGACCUGGAAAAGAAGUCCCUGGAAGAUUCCUUCUCAGAGAAGCACGAGUCUCUGGAGAAAGAGAUCCAGGAUCUGAAAAGUAAGAAUGAUGCUCUGAACGAGAAGCUUCAAUUGGAGGAGCAGAAAGCGGCUUCCAGAGAGAAGGCUGCCCUGAAGAACCCCCAAGUCAUGUAUCUGGAGCGGGAGUUGGAGAGCCUCAAGGCCGUGCUAGAGAUUAAGAAUGAGAAGCUACACCAGCAGGACGUCAAACUGCUCAAGAUGGAGAAGCUGGUGGACAGCAACACAGUCCUGGUAGAUAAGCUGAAGAGGGUCCAGCAGGAGAAUGAGGAGCUGAAAGCACGAAUGGACAAGCACAUGGCCAUCUCCAGGUGA